CGCCGCAAACCGCCGGGCAAGACGCACGUACUUACAUAGCCUACUAUUUGUAAAUUUUACGUUACGAAGUAAAUCGUUAUAAACUUCAAGAAGUCUUGCUCAUUUCUCGACCCUGGAACCUGGUUAGCCGAAGAAGAUUCCCGCCAUUUUUGGACCUUCUCACUGGAUUCAAUUCACACCGACGUGGACGCGCGACCUUUGGACUCCGGGAAAGUGGCUCGACGGCAACCUACAACGGACGCGAACGGUUCCAGAACUUCCAGCACACGAAGGCGCAGUCAUCAAGUGGCAAUUCAGGGCAGUGCAAAUCCGAUUUUCCUUUACUUUCCUUCCCUUUAUUGUCCGCUUUGCAUACACGGACCUUAAUUACGUGUAAAAUAUUUCUCGAAUACCUUCAUUACCAAUAUUCUUCUCUGUCGCUUUAAAUCUUCACUUUCCGUAAUCAUUACAUUCAUAAAUCUGUCUACACGGACUUUAAUUACGUGUUUGUCAGUUUAUAUUCAAAUUUGCAUACCGUUAAAUACUACACCUUUAAAUACAUUCCCUUUAUUCAUACCUACCUAUACGCGGACCUUAAUUACGUGUUGGGUUCUUUAAACAUUAUUUCACAUUAUUUAUUUCUCGCAUUCCAGCGCACACGCAGCCAAGUCGUGCGUUUGCAACGCUCGUUAUACCUACCCACCGGUGCCUGCCUACGUACCUACGCUUGCGCCUAACGGUCGGUCAGCUGAUUGCACCGCCAAGCUUGCGCUGUUUCAUUGCCUUCUUCACUGCACAUUACGCUUUAAGUAUUCGUUCCAUUGUCAUCACUUUAUUUUGCACUCAUUAAUAUUAUCGAAAACUUUAAACUUAGUUUGUAAUUAUCGUUAAAUUUAAUUUACAUCAUGAGUAAGUUAACUGAAUUGAAAAGGAAACGUAGUUCCUAUAAAUCCAAGCUUACGCAAUUUAAAACAUACUUUUCACGAAUUUCUACUUGCGAAAAGCCUAAUCCUGUAAAAAUUAGCGAUUUAAACUUAAGAUUAGCUAAAAUUGAAGAAUGGUACAGUGAAUAUGACGCGUUGCAGAUUGAAAUCGAAAGUUGUUUGGAAAUUUCAGACGUUGACUGCGAAAAGGAGUACAAAUAUCGCGAGGAGCUUGAAAGCGAGUACUUCGCGGUGGUCGGCAGCGCGCGCGAGUGGGUAAGCAGGUUGACCUCUGCGCAGCACGACGAGGGCGCGUCGGCCUCUUCCGCGGCAGGUACUGUCCUCACAGCAGCUGUGAGAGCAGUACACCUGGAAUUGGUAACCGAGUUAAGUACUGAAGCAUUUUUGGCUGCUUUAAAUCGAUUUGUAGCUCGCAGAGGUAAGCCUGACUUAAUUCAUUCCGAUAAUGGUACCAAUUUUGUAGGAGCCGCUAAUGAAAUUUCAAAAUUUUUAAAGUCAAAUUGUGAUGACAUUAGUUCGAAAUCAGCGGAGCAGUCAAUUCAAUUUAGAUUCUCUCCUGCUUAUAGUCCUCACUUCAACGGCUUAGCCGAAUCUUCAGUAAAGGCAAUUAAGCACCAUUUAAAAAGAGUUCUCUCACUUGCAAAUUUAACGUAUGAGGAGAUGUAUACGGUACUUGUAGGUAUCGAAGGAAUAUUAAAUUCUCGUCCAUUGACCCCCCUCUCCUCAGAUCCCAACGACUUUAUUCCAUUAACCCCAUCACACUUCCUUAUCGGACGCACACUCACGAUGUUGCCUUCUCCACAGAUGGAUCUGGAAGAAACGACCAGAAUAUGCGCCCUGCCUCGAUAUCGGAGAGCUCAGAUCCUGACUCAGCACUUCUGGAAUAGAUACUACAUGGAAUAUAUUUCAGAUUUACAAAAGAGGCUGAAAUGGAAGCGCAGCAAUGGAGGAGAAUUGCGCACUGGAGACCUGGUGGUGGUAAAGGACGACCGGCUACCACCUAACCGCUGGCUGCUCGGACGUGUCACCCGCCUCUACCCUGGCUGCGAUGGCAUCGCACGCGUAGCAGACGUCACCACCGCAACUGGAGUGCUGAGAAGAGCAUACAAUAGAUUAUGCUUGCUGCCAACCGAGGAUAUUUUGGAACUAGACGUUCCAACCCGGGGAACUUGUUAACGCCAAUCGCGCGCCGGCGCAGAAAACCGGUCCCGCAAACUGGACGCCGCGCUGCCCGCCGCCCGCCGACCGACGACGAUAACGCCCUCGGCUCCACUCGCCACUCGCCGCAAACCGCCGGGCAAGACGCACGUACUUACAUAGCCUACUAUUUGUAAAUUUUACGUUACGAAGUAAAUCGUUAUAAACUUCAAGAAGUCUUGCUCAUUUCUCGACCCUGGAACCUGGUUAGCCGAAGAAGAUUC